UAUUUCUCCACCUUACACAUGUGCUGACUUGCUCACUCCUCAACUUCAAUGUUCGAUCAACUUCUCAAUUGAAGUCAGAUAUAUACACUUACCUCAGUAGGCAGCUAGCUCGAAACAGCGUCUCGAUAUCCAAAUAAUUCAGAGGAAACCGAGGAACUGCCAGGGAUUUCAGUCGCGAUGAGAGCCAUCAUCGCCGUCCCUGCCACGUUGGCGCUCGUCUAUCGAGCUUACUCCCACAAUUCCCUUACGCCGUUCGGUAUCUUUACUGCCGCCGUAACUGCCACCGCACAUGCCCUUCAUCCUUGGAACCUGCCUUUCGUUCUACUCGUCGUUUUCUUCCUAGCCGGGACUCGCGUGACCAAGAUCAAGGCCGAUGUCAAAGCCAACCUCACCCUACAUGCUCAAGGAAGCACCGGAGGCGAGGGCCCGAGGACGCACGUCCAGGUGUUGGCUAAUUCGCUGAUGGCGUCUAUCUUGACGCUGCUACAUGCCUAUCAGCUCCGCGUACGCCGCGAUGCCGUUGUCUCUCACCGGGAAAUCCCCGAGGGCUCGUUCUGCUAUAAGUGGGGCGGCGAUAUUCUCGUCAUCGGAAUCAUCGCCAAUUAUGCCGCCGUGUGUGCCGAUACCUUUUCCUCUGAGCUCGGCAUCUUGUCGCGCACUAGCCCGAGAUUAAUUACGUCUUGGUCGCUUCGAAAAGUCCCCCGAGGCACGAACGGCGGCGUCACGUUGUGGGGGUUGGUCGCCGGCUUCCUUGGGUCUAUGAUCAUCGUGGCCGCGUCUCUAAUGUUCCUUCCUUUUUGCGGGGAGGAUACCAAGGGCAAGAUUGGCGGCGGAGAAAGCUGGACUAUGAACCAAAAGGCCACGUUAGCCUGGGGAUUGGCCAUAUGGGGCGCGUUGGGUAGUCUUCUGGACAGUUUCUUAGGAGGUUGGUUCCAGAGGAGCGUGAGAGAUGUGCGUUCUGGGAAGAUCGUCGAAGGCGAAGGUGGCGUCCGCGUUCUCACUGCCGAAUCCCACUCUCACGAACAUGGGGAGAGCACUAUCGAGAAACAAUCAACACCUCAGGCCGACGAUGGGAAGAACCCGUACGAUCCGAAAGAUAAGCAUCGUAGCUCUCAUUUUGGAGACCUUAAGCCUACGCGUGUUGCCGAGAGCGGAUGGGACUUGCUGGAUAAUAAUGACGUCAACUUUUUGAUGGCUUUCACGAUGAGCGUCGGCGCAAUGGUUCUGGCCGGUUGGUACUGGGAGGUUCCUCUGGAUAGCGUUCUGAGAGCUUAAGCGUAUCUUCCAAGCAUGAAUAUCAACGGCGGAUGAUGAAUAAUGAUCCGGUGUAUUCCUGGGUCGGCAAUUAGGUUUAUUUUAUUUUAUCCUCGUAUCAAUUACUAAUAUAGGAUAAAAGUAUCUCACUCAUCUUGUUUUUAUCUUACUUCCACUAUUGCCCUUAUGAAGAAGUCGUUGGAAUUGGACAUGAAUAGAGGACUUAAAACCAACUUACCCGGCUUUCCAACUCAUGCCGGUUGCCGCGGUGGAUUUACGCUAAGCUAAGUCUUGAAUGUUUCACA